UAUGGCGGCGCCGUACGAUGCGAUUCAGUCCGCCACGCUCUUCCGCGUUUUAAAGCGGAAGUGGUGCUCGACAACUGCCGGUGGAAAUAGCGUUAGCAUUAAGCAAUGACGAAUAUGGCUCAGUUUCGGCGCGGAUGUUUUUGUUCGGUUCCAAGUUGUUCGUGUGGUGCAAGAAAACAACCGUACCUGUCCUUCCAUGCUUUCCCGACGGACCCAGACCAAAGGAGGCGGUGGGUCCAAGCCAUCAGGAGAGAUGAGGGUCCAGACUUUCGCAUAAAGGCAGGGAGCACUUUUGUAUGCAGCCGGCAUUUCACGGCGGAUGAUUUUGUCAGCCAAUCUGCCAUCCGCCGCCUUAAAAGUAGAGCUGUUCCUUCUCUGUUCUCCUGGAAUAAUUUCAGCCGACUGGUAGACAGCGCUCAGAAAAGACAGCUUUUCCUCUCACAGAAAGCUAGCCAGGCUGCUACUGCGGACCACGAUUAUGUGGCAAAUCCACCCACAGGUGCACUGGAUGAUGCUCUGGAUUACAUCAAGGAGCUUGAAGCCAGACUCCAGAAAGUAGAUUUCUCUCCCACACUUUUCAGCCGUUACUGUGCCUCUGAUGACCAGAUCCAGUUCUACACCAAAUUUCCAUCUGAGUGUGUGUUCCGGAUCUUCUGGGAGUCUAUUGCACCAUCUGCAUCCCGCAUUGCGUACUGGACCAGAGCACGGAGACUCGGAGAGGAAGCGUUUGCUGAACCCAGCCCCGCCUGUUACAUGCCUUUGAUUGACGAGUUCUUGAUGUACUCGUUCAGGGUGGCAGUGGGCAUGAAGGAGCAGCUCAUUGCUGAUAUGUUUCAGGUCAGCGUAGCUACUGUCAGCCGAGUGACCGUCACCUGGGCCAACUACCUUUAUAUCGUAUUCUCUUCCAUCAACGUAUGGAUCAGUCGGGAGAAGGUCAAAGCCAGCACACCUCAGAGAUUCCUGAAGUUCUCUCCAAAUGUACGAGUCAUCUUGCGCUGCACAGAAGUUGCUCUGGAGUCUGCAUCAUCCCCCACAUUACCGUCUGAAACAAUCCCUGCCUACAAGAACCGCACCACUCUGAAGGGGCUGAUCGGAGUCGCUCCCUGUGGCCUGGUGACAUUUGUUUCAGCGUUGUACACAGGCUGCAUCUCUGAUAAAGAAAUCACUAAGAUCAGUGGAAUCAUUCCUCUGCUUGAGCCAGGGGAUGAAGUCAUGGCAGAUAGAGGCUUCCUCAUCCAAGACCUCCUCUAUAAAGUUGGAGCCAAACUCAGCGUUCCACCAUUUAGACAUCCUGGCCAGUUCAGCAAGAAGGAGACAGAGGAGACCCAAGCCGUUGCUCGGCUGCGGAUCAUUGCGGAGCGAGCAGUUUCCAGAGUGAAGCGCUACCACAUCUGGAAUUCUCCUGUGCCGCUCACUUUAAUAGGAGCUGUCAAUCAGAUCUGGCACAACUGUUGUGUUUUGGCAAAUUAUCAAGGCCCGUUUGGUUUUGGAGACUAAAUUAUUGUUCAAGUGUUAUUUAAAUACAACCCCUGGCAAAAAGUAUGGAAUCACCAGUAGUGGAUGAGCACUCAUUCAGACAUUUCAUUCUG